GUAACAAAAUAAUGGCCAAUCUUUCAAACAUGCUUGCAAGCAUGAAAAUUCCGAAUAUCUGCUCACUCGAAAUCAAUGUAACAGCUGUCGAGGAAUUAUUAAAUCAACCAAACACCAACUUCAACAUGAUAGUUUUUGACAAGAGUCAAGCACUCCGUUAUUAUACAAUUCUUUUAUACAUGACCGUGAUAUACUGUACCAUGAGAUUAAUAGUCUAUUUGAGAGAUCGAGAAGAAAUCAAUGUAACCGUUGUCGAAGAAUUCUUGAAUAAACCAGACAAUAAUGUCAACAGCAUAGUUUAUAGCGAGGAUCGAGCAUUUUCUUGUUUUAGUUAUACAACUCUUUUAGGCCUGGCCGUGGAGAAAAGUGACGAGGAAUUAAUAGCCUAUUUAAUUGAUCGAAAAGCCAAUCUAGAAGGCAGUUCAUUUCAUGGUAAAGAAAAUCCUUUGUAUAUAGCAGCCGUAAACGGAGACACCAAAGUGUUCAAAAAAUUAUAUCACUUGGGUGCUAAUAUUCAUUUAAAAUCUGAUAUAAAUUGGUUACCGAUAAAUUCUAUAUUACGUUUGUCACCGUUGAUAAUAGCCGCUCGCUGUGGACACCUCGAAAUCAUAAAGUUCCUCAUUGAACAGGGCUUGGAUGUGAAUUUUACCGAAUCAGAAUGUGGCUCUAGCCUAUUGCACCACGCUGCUGCUAGUUCAAACUGUAAAUUAGUGAAAUUUUUGCUGGAUAAUAACGCGAAAAUUAACGCCAAGAACCAUAAUGGUGAAACUCCACUCUUGUGUGCUAUUUCCAGCGAAAAAAUCAACAUUGUCAAGUUAUUAAUUGCGAGAGGAGCUGAUAUUAACAACGGUCAGGGCUCUAUUGAAAGAUCUACGGAAAUACACAGCGUUUAUAAUAAAAAAUCGAUUCGUGAGUAUUUAACGAGUUCAGGCAAGUGGAUGACUAAUAAAGAUUUUAUUCUCAAUAAAACGGGACAGCCAAUUCUUCAUUAUAAAUUGUCAAGCUUCGAUACCUGCGCUAAAAGUUGCAGCAUUAUUCUUGAUGCUGGCGUUGACGUUAACGUUCAAGAUUCAAGGGGUCAAUUUGAUUGUGGUUGUCAUAUGUCUUACCAUGAUACCCUACGUGCUAUUAUUGUACAGCUCAUUCUCACAUUAACAUUAGCCGGUUUAACAGUUUGUAAGGAAAAUCAACAAGCUGUUGAAAACGGGUAUGAAAAUUUAAGAAAAACGUGUCUGGAAGAGAUCCAAAAAAUGAAAAUUAAUAAAGUCGGUGUGAGUAAUAUAACAUUUUUUGACGUUUUACAUAUGAGUUUUCAUUAUUUAGCGAUCCGCUUGAAGUUUGCGGGCUUAGAUCAAGUUAUCAAAGAAAAAUUAAUUGCGUAUCCGCUGUACAAAGGAAUGCUUUAUUAUAAAUUGUCUGAGGUUCGGCGAAGAAUAAAAUACUUGGAAGAAGUCGAAAAACUUUUUGAAGGAAUGUUAUGGGAUUUAGGACUUCCGGCGACUUUUAUCAGAGAAUUAUGGUCCUAUUUUACCAAUAUAGAUUAUACAAGACAACUU